CCGCUGCUCUGCCACUUUGAUCGGAAUGGCAAGUACCGCGGUACGCGUUUUCUGUUGCCACGGAUACGUCUGACGCAUAGUAGUUGAAUGGAUUAUGUAUAUAACGCGAAGGGUAUAACGGUGGCCAGCGCGCGUCGAAUUGACUAGCGCGAAAAGCGAAGAGCGAACAAAAUGCGAAUUCGACGUAAUUUCAUUAUGUUGAGGGGGAAAAAAAAAGUGAAAUUCCAAUCUCCCUGAAACUGGCAAUUGCACAACGGCGGUUACCCUGGGCGAUGAGGAUAAAUUACUGUCGUGUUUUUUCCUAGGGCAGCUCAUGGCCGGCAUCCAAAUUUACCGUGUCUAAAUUGAAAAUUUCAUAAAAAUUCCAAUUCGACAACCCAUCAAAAUUUCCAUUGUGCAACAUCAGGAGAGAAACAUUUGGAAACGUCAAAAUGCGUGAAUGUAUAUCGAUGCACGUAGGCCAAGCGGGUGUCCAGAUGGGUAAUUCCUGCUGGGAGCUGUAUUGCCUGGAACAUGGAAUCCAGCCGGAUGGCACGAUGCCGUCCGACAAAGCUUCCGGUAGCAAUAAUUGCUUCAAUACCUUCUUCAACGAGACGAGUUCCGGCAAAAUGGUCCCGCGAGCUGUAAUGGUCGAUCUUGAGCCGACAGUCGUGGACGAAGUACGAACUGGAGUGUACAAACAAUUGUAUCAUCCUGAGCAACUAAUCACCGGCAAAGAGGACGCCGCGAAUAAUUAUGCUCGCGGCCACUAUUCCAUCGGAAGCGAGGUCAUCGAGUCGGUGAUGGACAGAGUGCGCAGAUUGACCGAUCAGUGCACUGGCCUGCAAGGCUUCUUCGUCUUCCACUCGUUCGGAGGUGGCACUGGCUCGGGUUUUACGUCUUUGCUCAUGGAAAAGUUAUCCGACGAUUACGGUAGGAAGAGUAAAUUGGAAUUCGUCAUAUAUCCGGCACCGCAAGUGUCUACCGCCGUGGUGGAGCCUUACAACGCGGUACUAACGACCCACACGACUAUCAGCCAUUCUGAUUGCGCCUUCAUGGUGGACAACGAGGCAAUCUAUGAUAUUUGUCGACGGAAACUCGGCAUUGAACGACCUUUGUAUGCGAACCUGAAUCGGCUGAUCAGUCAAGUGGUAUCCUCCAUCACCGCGUCUCUGAGAUUCGACGGAGCUCUGAACGUCGACCUGACCGAGUUCCAGACGAACCUCGUGCCCUACCCCCGCAUACACUUUCCUUUGGCAACCUACGCUCCGGUAGUAUCCGUCGACAAGGCCUACCACGAGGGCAUGUCGGUCGCGGAGAUCACGUCCGAAUGUUUCGAGCCUUCCAACCAGAUGGUCAAGUGUGAUCCGCGCGAAGGCAAAUACAUGGCUUGUUGUCUUUUAUACCGUGGCGACGUCGUGCCUAAGGAUGUCAACGCCGCGAUCGCGGCCAUGAAGGGCAAAAGCUGCAUCCGCUUCGUCGAUUGGUGUCCCACAGGUUUCAAGGUCGGGAUCAACUACCAGCCGCCUACGGCGGUACCAGGCGGUGAUCUCGCGAAGGUCCAGCGUGCUGUUUCCAUGUUGUCUAACACAACCGCUAUAGAGGAAGCGUGGGCCAAACUCAAUCACAAGUUCGACCUGAUGUACAAUAAACGUGCUUUUGUCCACUGGUAUGUGGGCGAAGGUAUGGAGGAACUCGAAUUCGCGGAGGCGCGCGAGGAUCUAGCCGCACUCGAGAGGGAUUACGAAGAAGUCGCCUUAGAAUCGCCAUCCACACCGAACGUACCGCUGGAAUAUUGACUGAGAUGCGCGUCUUUUCGUAGAAUCUCCAAUAGGCCGACAUAUACUUUCGCUGCCCGUCAGGCGAAAAUUAUACAAAGAGAAAAAGUCUUAUAUACAUCACUUAUUUAAAUUUCGUGUGGAAAAAUAUUUAAUGUUUAUUUUUUUUUCCUAUAAUUGUUACCAUACUCAUUUUUGUAGAAAGGUGUUUUUCUUUUGUAUGAGAGUCUUUGUAGCAGAUACAAAAAUACAUCAAUUGAUACAACCGCAUCUACAAUGAAUGUUUGAUUCGACGCGAAAGAGAAGCGUACAUAUGUAGGAAGAACGCGAACACUCGUCUCUCGUAUCGAAAAUUUUACCGGAUCACUUAUGAUCACUUUACUGGAUUAAAAUAACAUAUAUUUGUAUAACAUAUACAAUAUUCAUCUUUUUGUUAUCUUUUUAACGCUGUUGACCUCUAUAAAAGGAUAUAUCAACAAAGUUCUCUUUAUAUCUAUGUAUA